ACGCAGCGCAUCCGCUUGCCUGGAGGAACUAAGCUACAGUCUCUCGCGGCUGCUGGCCUGGAUAUGGACCCUGAGACCUGCCCCUGUCCUACUGGUGGUUCCUGCACCUGCUCGGACAAAUGCAAAUGCAAGGGCUGCAAAUGCACGAACUGCAAGAAGAGCUGCUGCUCCUGUUGCCCUGCAGGAUGUGAGAAGUGUGCCAAGGACUGUGUUUGCAAAGGCGAAGAGGGGGCCAAGGCCGAGAAAUGCAGCUGCUGCCAGUGAGGACUCCCACACAGCCUAUGUGAAUAGUGCUGCGUGUCCCUGGUGGGGCGUGGCUGUUGCCCCCCUCCCUGGCUUCCUGCUCCGGGGGUGUGAAUAAAUCCCAUGCACAGCA